CGUUCCGCCGUCUCCGCUCGAUACUCAAACGAGUCCUUCGCCACGUGACCGCGCCAUCGAAAACGCGCAUUGAGUCGAAAACACUUCGAGCCUCCUCGACCAUCAGCGAGAUCCAGACGAAGAUCUUUUCCGCGAUAAGGGCUCUUCAAUAAAAAAAAGAAAGAAAAAAGAAAAUUUUUCCGUCGGCUGCGAUAUUCGGAAUCUCGCAAAGAGACACGCGAUAGACUAUGACAAGACUGGGCGAAAGGACUGUUGAGUUCUCGGAGUUAGUCACGAUAUGCUAAAGUGUAUCCUGAAGAGUUUCUAAUUAGCGUUUGCGCGGUCGCUACGCGGUGAGACACGUGAUUCCCGCGGGGUCCGUAUACCCCGAGACCGUGAAUGGUGCUGAAAGGUGGUAAACGUGUUUCCUAAGGCCGUUAAGGGCGGUACGUGAUGUUUAGCUGCUACGAGAGAUUUUAGGUGUAGGGAUUAUCGAGGAUUGACUACAUCCUGAUAAGGCAUGCUAUGCGUCAGAGCGCACCGGAAACGGCGGUUCGCGCAGAAGAUGACGGGGUUAAGUAGAUAAAGGGAGCGGAGCCUGGUUUGCCAUCGACGAUAUUCCUCGGCUCCCCUUCUUUUCUCAUCGCAGCGCACAAUGCUCUACCAUCGCGCCCUUGUCGUUCUCUUCGCUGUCAACGUGCCAAUCGUGACCGGGCUUGAGCCAGACUUCGCUUACCCGCUGGAGAACGUAACGAUCCCGCAGGGUCGAGACGCUACCUUCACCUGCGUGGUGAACAACCUCGGUGGAUACCGGGUGAGUCCUUCCUCCUCCGCGAGCCGAGAUCACUCAGGCAGCGUCAACGCCCGGGUGGCAUGGAUCAAAGCGGACACCAAGGCGAUCCUAGCGAUUCACGAGCACGUGAUCACAAACAACGCCCGUCUGUCAGUCACCCAUAGCGAUUACAACACGUGGACGUUAAACAUUCGCGCAGCACGUCGGGAAGAUCGCGGGAUUUAUAUGUGCCAGGUCAACACGGAUCCCAUGAAGAGCCAGAGCGCGUUUUUGGAGGUGGUAAUACCGCCAGACAUAAUCUCGGAAGAGACUUCGAACGACAUGAUGGUACCCGAGGGAGGUUCCGCGAAGCUGGUGUGUAAAGCGCGCGGCUAUCCCAAGCCUGACAUCGUGUGGAAACGAGAAGACGGCACUGAAAUCAUUUCGCGGGCCGGCGUUUCCGGCGGCAAGACAAAAAUACCCACUGCAGGAGGCGAAACGCUGACUUUGUCGAAAGUAACGAGAGGCGAGAUGGGUGCUUACCUGUGCAUCGCCAGCAACGGCGUGCCUCCGUCAGUCAGCAAACGAAUGAUGCUACACGUGCAUUUUCACCCGAUGGUCCAAGUACCGAACCAGCUGGUGGGAGCUCCGAUCGGGACUAACGUCACGUUGGUCUGUCACGUGGAAGCGUCACCUAAAGCCAUUAAUUACUGGACUCGAGAAUCGGACGAAAUGAUAAUCAGCAACAGUAAGUACGCGAUGUCCGAAACAAAAACAUCGGUGUACAGCGUGCAGAUGCGACUAGUGAUCAUGAACCUGCAGAAGCACGAUCUUGGUGGCUACAAAUGCAUCUCGAAAAAUUCUAUCGGCGAUGCUGAGGGGAACAUCCGGCUUUACGACAUGGAGCUGCCUAAGCAUUCGAAAAAGACGGGUGACCGUCGAUCGGACGACGAUACGGGCGAUUCGAUCGGCGAACGCGAUCACAGACUGAAUCACGUGCAUCAGGGCCCUUUGAGGGAAACGGGAUCUACCCUAGAACCGGCUUUCGACACAGACGAUAAUUCGGCAUCCACUACGUCGAAAGAGAGCGCGUUGGCCGCGAUCGUCGCCAUCAUCCUAGUCGCUCUGCAUCUGCUCGCUUCCACGUAAGAUAGACGGAAUUAAUCCUUAAACACUCUCAAAAUACGUUUAUCACGAGCUCUCGAGUCUCUAGCUUUAACUCUAAAAGAGAUCGCGGCGAAAUAAUCCGAUCGAGUCGCGUUCUCGACGAUCCAUGUUUGUCGUCUACCAAAUCUUUGGAUCGAUACUUCGUUGAUACGUAACAAUAGUCAUACGGAAGAAUAAUUAUUAAUUAUUAUGCGCCACAUUGCUGA